AUGGCCCAUCACUCCAUCCCUGAUCCUACUCAGUGCCAUGUGCACUCUACAAAAAACAAUCUGGGCAUCCUUCCAGUGCCAUCCAAAAAGAAACGCUGCAGCGGCAGAGAGUGGAUAGCGGACUGUGCUGCAGCGCGGCUGUCGGCCGGCAACGUGCUGUGGCUGUUGGCGCUCUGCGGCUUCGCCCUCAACUACGCGGUGCGCGUCAACCUCAACAUCGCCAUCGAGGCCAUGGAUGGCCGAUACGACUGGAACGAGCACCAGCAGGCUCUGGUCCACGCAGGGAAUGGAUUGGCAAUCGAUGCACUGUAUGACGGCGAACUGGGUGCCGCCCAACGACAGAGCAAGUUCAUCUCCGCUUACCUCUGCAGCAGUGUGGGAGCUGCGCUGACGUUCCCGGUGUCGGGUGCCCUGAUUGGCUGGCUGGGCUGGCCCGCCAUCUUCUAUGCCACAACACUGGCGCCCAUUGUCUGGUUCCUGGACCGGUGGCUGCUCGUCUUCGACCAUCCUCACCACCACCCGCGGUUCUCCUAUUCUGAGCUACGUUAUCUGCAAGUCAGACUGGUUGGUGAUGCUGCCAGCUACAAGCCAGCAACUCCCUGGGGACGCGUCCUAACCUCGCGCCAGGUGUGGCUGCUGGUGUUGGCCAAGUGGGGCAGCUUCUGGGUGCUGUCCACCCUGCUGACGCAGGCACCCACCUGCCUCAGGAACAUACAUGGCUGGAGCAUCGGCAUGGUCGGCCUGUUCUCUGGUAUACCUCACAUCGGCAGGACUGCGUUUGCGCUGCUUGUCUCCAGGGUUGGAGAUUUCUUGCUGAAGAAGGAAAUCAUCUCGAGGCCAUAUCUCAGAAAAGUGGCCACUAGCUCCUCGCUGCUGGUGGGAUUAUCGUACUCUGGCUGCAGCCACGGCGCCGCCACGGCCUUCCUGGUGGCCGCCGUCUCCGUCAACGGCGCCCUCGCCACGGGGCCGCUGGUCGCACUUGUAGAUAUCAGUCCCAGCUUCUGCAACAUCCUGCUUGGUUUAAACAACGUCGUUAGCACCCUGCCUGGCUUCAUCUCUCCAGCAGUCGUGGGGGCGCUUACUUACCAAAACCAGACGCCGGCACAGUGGCGCGCGGUGUUCCUCAUCUCGGCGGCGAUGGCGGCCGUGCCGGGAGCUGUGUACGCAGUGCUGGGGGACGCGAUGCUGCAGCCGUGGGACCAGCCUCCCGCGCCACUAGCGGACGCAGAAGGCAGCCGGGAAGUGACCCCACUCCAGCCAGGAGGGCCAGAAGGGGGGCACAGCCGGCUGGCGGAUCCGCUCUGCGAGGCCGGCCACUGGAGGCGGGCAGCGGACUCCAGCACUCAGUAG